UCUGCAGAUGUCCUUUAGUAUGGCUUAUGAAGAAGACUUCUUUUUGGAAGAAAAAAAAUUCAAGCAGUACUGUGAAGAAUUUAUUAAACAUUCACAGAAAAUAGGAGAUGGUUGGGAGUGGAGAACUAGCAAGGACUUUGCUGAUGGUUAUCUUAGUAAAACACACUUCCAAAUAACAAAUAGAAAUGUCCCACCAGAUCUCAAGGAGAAAAACAAUGAUAACAUUGAACAAACCUUAUUUAUGCAUGUUGAAGAAUCUUUGGAUGAUUCUCAAGUAGAUGGAGUUUGUGCAACAGCAGAAGUGCUUCGCUAUGAGUAUCAUGUCUUGUACUCCAGCAGCUACCAAGUACCUGUGCUGUAUUUCAGGGCAUGCUUUUUAGAUGGUAGAGCUCUAAGCCUGGAUGAAAUCUGGAAAAGUGUUCAUGCCUGCUACCAGGCUCGGCUGCUGGAGGGGCCCUGGGACACUAUCACACAGCAGGAGCAUCCCUUACUUGGGCAACCCUUUUUUGUCCUACAUCCUUGCCGGACUAAUGAAUUCAUGUCUGCUGUACUGACCAGCUCACGAAAAGAGAAUAGGCAGACAAAUUACAUUGCGUCAUGGUUGAGUAUUGUGGGCCCAGUUGUGGGUUUAAAUCUAUCUCUGAGUUACGCAGAACUAGCGUCUGAGCAGAAUACAGAAGCUGAUGUAAUUGAAAGGCCUCUGAGCUGAAGGACAGAUCAUGGUUAGCUGAAGUAAAGCUACUGCAGACUUUCCUGGGAAUCGAAACACAGACCAAAGGAAUCCUUCCUGAGUAGCAAGCAAUACAACUUGGCAAGACAACUACUGAGGGCUCUUUCCUGACAAAAGUUCGCC